GGCACUUCAUUCAAUUCCCAAAUUCGCCGCUUCGUCUCCGUCGACCACCGAUCUUUCCCCUUUCUUAGUUCUGCCGCUUCGUUCUUGGCUCCGCCGCUUCGUUCUUCUCUCUUCACUCUUAACAAUUUCCACAGAAACCGUAGCUUUUGAGCAAAACGAACAUGGUUGAUUACGCCAUGGCCAUCCACAAGAACCUCUAUCACUCUGAAGAGGUUCCUCAUGGAGAGCGGAGAUCGUUUCGAGGCUGAAAUCAUUGGAGGAGUCUGCAGCUCUUUUGAUUUCGUUCCUUCAAAAUCCAUCUUAUGAUCAGGAGCUCGAGGCUGAUAAGCAAUAUAACGUCCAGAUGCUCAGUGACCAGUUUAAGGUUCUUUUUAUUUGCUAUGGUUGUAUUGCUAAAUUUAUUUGAUUUAAAUUUGAACAGAAAUCUGCAGAAAAGUUGUUAUUUUGCUAUUGUUUACUUGAGAUUAUCAAAUAUCCUUGAAACUAUCAAACGCUUUAGGGGUUACUUGUAAUAUCAACAUAAAAAAGUGAAUUGGAAGCAGAUUUUCUUAACAUAUUUUAGUUUUUUUUAUUUUGGAAAUGUGAGGAACAAAGUUAGGGCUUUGGAGUGUCAAAUUGGCAAAUUAGUGUCAAUUUUGAAAACUUUGGCAUCAAACUGACGAAAUAAAACUUCUGGGUAUCAAAGUUUAAAAGGGUGAAACUUUCGGCAAUUAAAGUACUAUAAUCCUGCACUCCAGCAAUUAAAGUUUUCCUUCGCCGAAACUUAAUGGAGGAUUUGCUUGAUGAUGUAGAUAAAUUCACUGAGAAAGUAAUUGGUUCUUUUGUAAGAAUAAGGAUUUCAAGUGCAGUGCAGAAGCAAGAUAUGUAUCGGCUUGUGCAAGUUGUUGGAACAUCUAAGGUCGUAGAAAAAUAUAAAACAGGCAGAAAGACCACAGACUUCAUAUUGGAAAUACUAAAUCUGAACAAGAAGGAGGUUAUAACGAUAGACAUAGUGUCAAAUCAGGAUUUCACAGAGGAAGAGUGCAAGCGCUUAAGACAAAGCAUAAAAUGUGGAUUAAUAAAUCGACUCAUUGUGGGAGAUAUCCAAGAAAAAGCCAUGGUCUUUCAAGCUGUGAGAGUCAAUGUUUGGUUGGAAAGUGAGAAGCAAAGGAUUGGUCAUCUACGUGAUCGUGCGAGUGAAACUGGCCGUAGAAAGGAGCUUAGAGAAUGUGUAGAAAAGCUUCAGCUUCUGAACUCGAUAGAAGAACGUAAUCGGAGAUUAAAUGAAGUUCCAAAAAUACAUUCGUACCCUAAAAUGGAUCCUGAUUAUCUAUUUUAUAUGAAUAAUCCCUUACAUUCGUACCAUGAGUGA